UUUAUAUUUUUCAUUUUAUAGGUAUUCCUAUUCAAGAUAGGGUUUUUUUUUAUUUACAAACAGUGGGAAUUAUACCUCGCUUGAUGGUUCAUGAAAGAAAUCAAAUGUUUAUAACAGUUGAAAGUCGUCUUAAAACGUUUGACACAUUAUAUAUAAAAUUAAGUGUGAAUCUAAUUACUCUCUGUGAAGCUGGAUUCUUUUAUGAAGGUCCAAGUGAUAAAGAUAGAGUAAAAUGUUUUUGCUGUGAAUUAAUACUUAACAUUUCGGAAAUGAAUUUUGAUGCAUGGAAAAUUCACGCCUUAGGUAAACCAGAUUGCCUUUUUUUACUAUUAACUAAGGGGAAAGAUUUUGUCCGUCAAACACUUGGAAGAUAUCACCCUAUACCAAAAAUAAGCCAUGAUUACUUUAUUAAAUUAUUAACUUAUCAAGUAUCUGAGGAGGACGGUGCUGUUUAUCCUCUAGUUAUACGGAAGAUCAAAAAUAUGGAUAGAUUACGUGAUUUAAAACCCAGAAGUCAAUUACAAGAAAAUUCUGGACCAGAUUCUCUUUUAUGCAAAAUUUGUUUUAAAGAAAAAUUAGAAGUGCUUUCCAUUUCGUGCGGACAUGUAUUUGCGUGUAUUCAGUGUGUAGUUGCUGUUCCUGAUUGUGCAGUAUGCAGACAUUUAUUUACUGUGCUUAUAAGAAUAUAUUUAGAUUUUGAUAGAGUCGUUGAAAAAAAAAGUCCUCUCAAACAUCCUUUCACUUCUGCUGCAGUUCGAAUUGAUGGAGCCUUUAAUCCAGUGCUUUGUCAAGUUUGUCAAAAAUUGCCAGUGCAAGUAGCAAUAGCUCCUUGUAGACAUGCAUAUGCAUGUUUUGAAUGCGCUAUAGACUCUAAAAUAUGUUUAAUAUGUUCUACUAAGGCUUUUGCGUUUAUUUAUUUAUACCUAUAAGAUUUUAAGAAUAUUGGACUUGAUGAUUUCAAGUUUUUUUUUUACUUUAUUUACUUAUAGUUUUAACAAUAUUUAAUCUUAGUAUUUAUAUGGUAACUUUCUGCAUUGAGUAGAAGUUAUUAUUAUAGUUUAUGUAUGUAUUCAUUAUUAUCUUAUAUUAAUUGGUACAAAUCUAAGUUAACAUUAAAGUUUAUUAAUAAUUUAGUCUUUGUAAUUAGAAAUAUAUAAACAUAUUUAGUGUAAUUAUCAUCAUACUACGAUUGUAUGUGUUAUGAAUUAGAUGCGUUUAAUUUAAUUUAAUACAUUAUUUUAAAAUGAAUAAAUAACAUGGCAUAACACAGACAUAAUACAAGUUCAUGAUAAAACUAACAUAACCUUAAAUGUAACAAUCUUCUCCUGUAGAAUAAUUAAUAUUUAUAAAUCUAAUCUGUUAGGUUUUUUCCUUGUUCUUGUUAAACACCUCAGCUCCAGCAAAGGUUCUUCCUCCUCUUAAAUUUGUACAUCACUUGAUUGUUUAUCCUCUGUAGGUUCUUCAGUUUGAGAUGAUACAAAUUGUUCAUCUUGUUCCAAUUUGGCCAUGUCCUCUUUUAAAAUUGAUUUAUGAGGUUUUUCCACAUUUUCCAAAUUCACUAGCGUUGCUCUUAUUUGGUCUGCAUGCCGUUCCCAUAACUGACCUUCCACUCUGAUGUAGUAAUGCCAUGCUCCAACUUUCUCUGUAAUGGUUCCAACAACAAAGUUUCAAGACUGUGCAAGUUAAUGAUUUUUUUUAAUUCAGUUAAGUUAAUUUACACUAAUUAUAAAGAGUUAAAAGUUAAAAGUUAAUUUUAUUUGUAAGUUAACUCACUUAUAUUGAAAGUUAAUACACAUAUUUUUUUAGCUUUUUAUUAAGUCACAAAAAAGUUAAUUUUGUUUAUACAACUCUAGAAUAAUUUUUUACAAGCCCAAAACUAAUUUGUACUUUACGACUAUAGUGUUUAUCAUACUUCAUAAAAAUACAGUAUUUCCAUACAGCGUAUUGUAUUUCAUUGAAGUUUUCAUUUUUAAAAAAUAACAGUAGUGACUUAU